AUGAGUAAACUAUACGUCUUGUAUGAGCAUAGCGCGGGCUUCGCCCUAUUCCGCGUCACCGAAUUCGAAGAGUUAGCGGCCUUUCUGCCACAAGUUGAGGAAUCGGUAACAGACCUUCAAAGGUUCAAUUCUGUGGUCACGCUAAUAGGGUUCCAGCCGUUUAAAUCUGCUGUAGUCGCGUUAGAAAAUAUAAAUGCUAUUUCCGAAGGAAUAUUGCCAGAAGACCUUAACUUAUUCUUGGAAGGAGCCUUACCAAAGCGCAAAAAGAGGUCAAAAUGCACCUUGGGUGUUGCGGACCCCAAACUUGGCGCCGCAAUCAGUGAGGCACUAGAGAUACCAUGCUCUCACACCGGCGCUGUACCUGAAAUUCUCAGAGGUAUUCGACACCACUUCCAUGCGCUCAUAAAAGGUCUGACCCUGAAAGCAUGCAGUGUGGCGCAGCUGGGCUUGGGGCAUUCAUACUCCCGGGCCAGGGUGAAGUUCAAUGUUCACAGAGUGGACAACAUGAUUAUUCAGUCUAUUGCACUUUUGGAUCAACUGGAUAAAGACAUUAACACCUUCUCAAUGAGGAUCAGAGAAUGGUAUUCAUACCAUUUCCCAGAGCUUGUAAGCAUCGUACCGGACAACCAUCUUUACACCAAGUGUGCAGAGUUUGUCAAAGACAGGAAGUCAUUAAGCGAGGAGUCGUUAGAGCCGCUCACUGAGAUACUGGGAGACUCGGAGAAGGCCCAAGCUAUCAUUGAUGCGUCAAAGAUGUCAAUGGGGAUGGAUAUUUCACCAGUGGACUUAAUAAACAUACAAAUGUUUGCCGGAAGGGUAGUGGCUCUCAGUAACUACAGGAAACAAAUUGCUGAGUAUCUGCACACAAAGAUGAAUUCAGUGGCACCAAACCUUACAACUCUUAUUGGGGACCAAGUUGGUGCUAGGCUCAUAUCUAAGGCUGGUUCGCUCACCAGCCUCGCCAAGUAUCCGGCAUCCACUUUGCAGAUUUUAGGCGCAGAGAAAGCGUUGUUCCGCGCCCUGAAGACCCGCUCCAACACGCCGAAGUACGGCCUCCUUUACCACUCCACCUUCAUCGGCCGCGCGGGCCUCAAGAACAAGGGCCGCAUCAGCCGGUACCUGGCCAACAAGUGUUCCAUCGCAUCCAGGAUCGACUGUUUCUCCGAGACGCAAACAACAGUUUUCGGUGAGAAGCUCCGACAGCAGGUAGAAGACCGGCUGAAGUUCUAUGAGACGGGAGACAUCCCUAUGAAGAACAUUGAUGUUAUGAAACAGGCGAUGGAAGAGGCGUUGCAGGAACAAGAGCAGGCUGACGCCAGCGCUAAGAAGAAGAAGAAAAAGAAGAAGAAGGAGAAAAAAGAGGAAGAACCAAUGGACGAGGAC